UGGUUUAGUGCAGUGUGCUGUAUUUUCUGAUAGGUAUGAUCACGUCAGAGCUCCUGGUCGUGGUGGAGGAUCAUCGGCGGAGCAGCAGAACAGAGGCAGCAGUGCAGGAGCGUCAGCGCCGGGCCCCGGACCCCCGCCCAGCACCAGCAAACACGCCAGCAAGCCUCUGGUGCUCAGAGACAAAGCGCUGGGCUCUGACAGCAGAGCGAAGGACUGCUGGGAUUACAGCAGCGACAGCAAGCCUCACUCCUAUCUGGAGGCCACCCGCUGCGGGCUGCAGAGCUCGGCCGGCGCCGGCCCACAUCCAGACCACCAGCAGCUCUGCCCUUACCUAGCGACUGGACACUGUCACUACGGCGACAGCUGCCCAUAUCUCCAUGGCGAUCUGUGUGAAAUAUGCCGCCUGCAGGUUCUGCAUCCGCACAACCCUGAACAAAGAGCAGCACAUGAGAAGAUGUGCAUGACGGCCUUUGAGCUGGACAUGGAGAGAGCGUUCGCGGCACAGCAGAGUCAGGACAAGCAGUGUAAGAUCUGUCUGGAUGUGGUGUAUGAGAAGGCGUCCCCGUCCGAGCGGCGCUUUGGCAUCCUCUCCAGCUGCUGCCACACGUACUGCUUGAGCUGCAUCCGGCAGUGGCGCUGCGCUGAGCAGUUCCAGAACCAGAUCCGCAAGUCCUGCCCCGAGUGCCGCGUGGUGUCCGAGUUCGUCAUUCCCAGCAUGUACUGGGUGGAAGACCAGGAGGAGAAGAACCGGCUCAUCGAGGAGUUCAAGUCUGGAGUCAGUAAGAAGCCCUGUAAAUACUUCGAUCAGGGAAGAGGAACAUGUCCGUUUGGAGGAAAGUGCUUCUACAUGCAUGCGUAUGCCGACGGGACACAAGCAGAACCCGACAAACCCCGCAAACAGAUGAGCGCAGAGGGGAACAUGCGGUUCCUGAGCUCGGUGCGUCUGUGGGACUUCAUCGAGGAGCGCGAGCACCGUGGGACGCCGGCGGACGAGGAUGAGGUCAGUGAGCUGGGAGAGCUCUUCAUGCAGCUGUCUGGAGCCGGAGAGACGAGCAGCUCGUCUGCGGCACGCUGAUCCACCUCCAACAUCUGGCCAAUACAUGUGUUUGUGCGUCCCAGACUCUAUUAAAGCACCUGUAAGGUCUCUGUGGGGUGCUGGGUCCUCCUGACCUGCAUUGGGAUUUUGCCAGAUUCUUUAACGUCGUGCCCAAAGACGAAUGUAUGAUGGGAACUGAAAUCUCUCUGGCACAUUUUCAAAUGCUCUCCAGUAGUGUAUGAAGUGUAUUACAGAAAUACUGUCAAGUGGGAAAAAAUGAAAUAAAUAGUAAUCGUUGCACUUAGUUCAGAUAACACAUAUUCAUAACUUUAUAAAGUUUGGGCAUCAUGCAAUAUGGCUGUGGUUAAAACAGUAAGCAUCGAUUUUGUCGCCAGUGAAUGGACUUAUCGGUAUUUUAGGAGCAUUUGGAGACUAGUUACUUCAUUUUGGACUCAACUGAUAUCAUAGUAUUGAAUUCACUCAUCUGGUUUACUCUUGAAUCUGAGUAUGGGUUAUUAUAUUGUGUUUUCUGAGUUGUAUUGUUGAGCGAGUGUAAUAAACUGAUUAGUG